UUUGUGUAGCUCUGACAGUUGGCUGUGAAAACUCCCGUGAUAACCGGUAAAAAUGUCGUGGUCUGUUGUGCGCCGGUUGAUUGUUUUGAACCACAAAAUUAGUCAAUUGCGAGUGGUCAGUGGGACUUGGGUACGUGAAUUUGGAAUGAGUCGCCACUACGAGCAGUUUCCUCGGAAUCAGGAAUCGAAGACACAUCAGGAGAAGAAAGACGGGCGUAGAGCGACAGUAUUGUUUCUGUCAGCCGUGGGCAUGCUCGUGCUUUCUCUGAGCUAUGCCGCCGUGCCGCUGUAUCGCCUCUUCUGCCAGGCCUACAGCUAUGGUGGGACUGUCUUGGGGAAGCAGGAAACGGCGGACCUAGGUGCAUUGAGUGUGAGGCCGGAAAAGAAGAUUCGUGUACGCUUCAAUGCAGACACUGCGGCAAGCCUCACCUGGGGUUUCCAGCCACAACAGGCAGAAGUGACGGUUGUGCCUGGAGAGACGGCGCUCGCCUUUUACACCGCUACAAACCGCACGGACCGCCCGAUCGAUGGUAUUGCUACUUACAAUGUGGUGCCCUUUGAAGUUGGUCAGUACUUCAACAAGAUCCAAUGUUUUUGUUUCGAGGAGCAGCGCCUGAAUCCGGGAGAGCAGGUGGAUAUGCCAGUGUUCUUCUACAUCGAUCCUGAGUUUGCGGAUGACCCGAAGAUGGAGUAUGUGAAUGAAGUUACACUGUCAUACACAUUUUUUGAGGCUCGGGAAGGGUUGAAGCUACCUGGGCUUCCGUUCGGCGUGCAAGACAGAGCAGUUCAAUGA